CGGCGUGAUACGUAACAACACCCACGAAGUUGACGAUAAGUCACGAUUUCUGUAGUAAAAAGACAUAACUUUUACUUAUAAUAUGGAGGAAGAAAUAACAUCUGGAAGUGACAACAUAGUAACUGAGUUCAAUACUUAUGAAGAUUUCCUAGAUUCUCAAAUAUCUUCCUUAGAUUUGUAUUAUUUAGAGGAUGAAGAGCUUGCAAGGCAGCUUGUUGAACUUGGAUACAGAGGAAGUGGAGAAGUCCUUAAGAGAGAGGAGUUUGAAGCCAGGAAACAAGCCGCAGAAGCCAGUAGAUUGUCAAAAAGAAGCCAACAAAAGACCCUCGCCAGUUCUGGAAAAGAUCUGAAGAACCCUUUCCUGAAGGCCCUUGCACAGCGAGAGGAAGCCAACAGGAGCGGCAAGAUGACCUCCAUCAUCUUCAUACGAGACAAGAACUCCAGAGGGCAGGAGAUCUCCGGGUACAUCGACUAUGCACAUCGCCUAAAGACAGAGGACUUUGAGCCUUACUUCAGCGGGAGGAAGAGGCUCCUCCCAAGACCGUCUGAUUUGAGUUUCUACAAUUGGGAGACACAGACGUCUACUUCGAACCCGACUCCAAACUACCAAGUCAUCGCUGAGAAUGCGACCGGACUGCUCUUCAAGAAUAAGCGUGAUCGCAAGAUCCUGAAUGUGGACCCUAAAGCGCCCUCUCCAGGUGACAACUCAACAAGGACUCCUGUCGAUUGUCCGCAGUAUAUCCAGGUUGUCAUCUAUGAUCAUAUCACAAGAAGAAAGACAUAGGAAUUGACAACUUUAUGAUUUUAAAGAACUGUAUAAACUCUCAUACUUGUGUAUUGGACACAAUUCUCUGUCAUGAUACCUUCAUUCAACUAUGAAUUUGAAGGAGAAAUUUAUAGCUGAAU